AUGAUGCAUUACCCUGUAUAUUUACCACAAAUAUAUAUUCGAAUGGUCUUAUGUCCAGAUGUAAUUAUACAGACGCCAGACUAUCAAGCGUUACUUCCAGAAAAACCAACACCAGAUAAAGAAGAUUGUCAACAACCAAAUAGAAAUACAUUUAUUAAUGGUAAUAUUGAAUUUAUCAUCAAUGACGAUAAUGAAACAUGGUCAAUUCAACGUCCAUCGGAUGGACUCAUUCUCAUUCAAGUACAGUCAACUAAAUUUUUACCAUAUAAUUAUCCAGUCUCUGUUUAUUCGCCUAUUUAUACUCUUUAUAAAUUAUCAUUGAUUUAUACUCAUAUCCAAAAUGGAUAUCUAUAUGGUUUAGGACAACAUCAUUAUGGUCACAAUCUAACACUGCCAUAUCAUAAUUUUCAUUUGCCAUUUGUUUUUUCAUCAACUGCACCAACAAAUGGUAAUAUCACAAUACCAUGGUACAUACAUACGUCAGGUUUCGGAUUUCUUUGGAAUCAACCAGGUUAUGGUUAA